AACUGUCGUCGUAAAAUCACAGCUUGUUCAGCGUCGCCACAAUAACACUGUUUUGCAGAAAAGGGGAUUUUGACGUCUGAUUUGGAACACAUUAACAGAUUUUCAAGACGAUUUAAGGAAAACAUUUAACUAGGCGACUCAGGAACAUUUCAUGUCCUCUUGGUACGCUGGAAUUUUCGGACACCCACUCGGACAUGUCCUAUGUCUUCAUCAAUGACUCGUCUCAGACCUCCAUUCCCCUGCUCCAGGCCUGCAUCGACGGGGACCUGCUUUUCACCAAGCGGCUCCUGGAGACGGGCUGUGACGCCAACACACGGGACAACCGGGGCCGUACUGGCCUGCACCUAGCGGCCGCCAGGGGGAACGUGGACAUCUGUUGUUUCCUCCAUAAGUUUGGGGCGGACCUCCUGGCUACAGACUACCAGGGAAACACGGCGCUACACCUCUGUGGACACGUGGAUACCAUCCAGUUCCUGGUGUCCAACGGUCUCAAGAUAGACAUCUGUAACCACAACGGGUCCACUCCUCUGGUGCUGGCCAAGAGGCGCGGGGUGAACAAGGACGCUAUCCGCCUGCUGGAGGGCCUAGAGGAACAGGAGCUGAAAGGAUUCAACAGGGGAGCCCACUCCAAACUGGAGACCAUGCAAAUGGCUGAGAGCGAGAGUGCAAUGGAGAGCCACUCCCUGCUGAACCCCGACCUCCAGAACAGGGAGGGAGUCCUGUCCAGCUUCAGGACCACCUGGCAGGAGUUUGUUGAGGACCUGGGCUUCUGGAGGGUGCUGCUACUGCUGGUGGUCAUCGCCUUGCUCUCUCUGGGCAUCGCUUACUACGUCAGCGGGGUGCUGCCCUUCUCCGCCAGCCAGCUGGAGCUGGUACACUGAGGGAGGGGUGGAUGGACAGAGGGUGAAAGUUGGCUUGGGCUACAUUCUGGUUACACACCCUUGUCCAGAAGUGUGCACUUGCACACUCCUCUUUUUAUGGAUUUAAAAGCGUAGGAGUGGUGUAAGCGUUGGCUGGAUUCAACCUUUGUGAAAUGGUUACGAGAAAGUGUGCAAGUGCACACUUCGGGAGAAUGGGGACUCAGCCAUGGAUGCAUCUGCAGUCUGACAUAUGUGUGUUAUAUGAGCAUCUUGGCCAGUUAUGCAUGAGAAUGCACAUCAUUUCAUGUGUCAUUCAUUUGUAUGACUAAAUUGACCAAAUAUCGACCAGUGACGUGACCAUCUUCUUUCUGGAAUACUGAGCUUUUAAAGCAUAACUAUCAAAAAAAGAAGUACCAGUCAAUAGUUUGGAUACACCUACCCAUUCAAGAGUAUAUAUAUAUUUUUAUUCAAGAUUGUGCAAAGCUGUCAAGGCAAAUGGUGGCUUCUUGGAGAAUCUCAAAUAUAAAAUAUUUUGAUUUGUUUAACACUUUUUUGGUUACUACAUGAUUCCAUAUGUGUUAUUUCAUAGUUUGUCUUCACUAUUAUUCUACAAUGUUUUUAACAAACCUGGAAUGAGUAGGUGUGUGCCACCUUUUGACUGAUACUGUACAUUUCUUACAUGCAGUUUCAUAACUUUUCCUGUCUAAUUUAGUUUUGACAGUAUUCAGCUCUAUAUGAAGAAACUUGUAUUAUGGACCUUUUUCCUAAUGUCACAACAUGUAUUUUUCUGUGUUGUGUGGAGUAACAAGCUGUAUAUUGCUAUAGUUUUUUGUUGUGCGUAAUUAUUUACUUGUAUUUUGUUUCUUCUCCUUCUGUUUAUUGUUUUGAAAAGGGCCCAUUUGUUCAUUGAUUUACCCUACAGGGUCAAAUCCUCUUGCAAAGUCAAUAUUUUAGUUUUAUUUCCAUUCUUACAAUUUUAACUGAAGUCUGUUUCUCUCACACCAGUUGCAAAUUUCCCUAAUAAUGCUAAUCAGGCUAUAAUCUUACAUGGAACAAACAUCGAACAGUGUCUAGAGUUAUCCUGGGUGUCAGUCUGUUUCUGAUCUCUUACCAACAAACUGUUCUGGGAUCAGGCUAGUGUAGAGUUAUCCUGGGUGUCAGUCUGUUUCUGAUCUCUUACCAACAAACUGUUCUGGGAUCAGGCUAGUGUAGAGUUAUCCUGGGUGUCAGUCUGUUUCUGAUCUCUUACCAACAAACUGUUCUGGGAUCAGGCUAGUGUAGAGUUAUCCUGGGUGUCAGUCUGUUUCUGAUCUCUUACCAACAAACUGUUCUGGGAUCAAGCUAGUGUAGAGUUAUCCUGGGUGUCAGUCUGUUUCUGAUCUCUUACCAACUCAUUAAUGGUACUGUGAUGUAACGUCUUCAUAAUGAGAGCACAAACUGUUCUGGGAUCAGGCUAGUGUAGAGUUAUCCUGGGUGUCAGUCUGUUUCUGAUCUCUUACCAACAAACUGUUCUGGGAUCAGGCUAGUGUAGAGUUAUCCUGGGUGGCAGUCUGUUUCUGAUCUCUUACCAACAAACUGUUCUGGGAUCAGGCUAGUGUAGAGUUGCAUGGGUAUGUAAGGUAAAGGGAUGUGUCAUGUUUCCCUCGUCCAUCACCAAGUCAAGUACAAUAAGAACUACAGAGUAGCACCUUUUAUAGCGUCUUUGAACUAAAGAUAAAUGUUUGCUGUAUUUUAUUUAACAUUUCCUCUGUGUUUAUAUCAUGCAGCUUAGUUACAUUUAACAUUUAUGAAGAGUUAUUUCUAAUAUGAUAUGUUUUUUUGCUUUGUCAAUCAUAGCAUUGUUGCAGGAAUUUAAUUCCUCUGUUUUAAUUCCCAAUUAUAAUUAAACACUCUGUCAAUUCAUAAGAA